GAAGAUAAAACCUCCCUACCUACCCCACCCCAAAUCUCUUUAACUCAAUAACAAAAGGUAAAAAAACCCCAAACAUUCAAAAUCCACUUAACUAAACAAUAAAAAUGGAUUACACCAAGAACUCCAUCUCUACUCUUGCAGUUAUUUCUCUUAUUUUAGCUGGAUUUAUCUAUAUUUCUACUUUAUCUCCUUUCCCCCCUAAAACUUUAUUGUCUUUCCAACUCAACCCAACAAACUCUUCACCUGGGAUGGCGAAAAAUGAGCUUGAAGAAGCUUUAAAAAGAGCUUCAAUGGAGGAUAAAACAGUAAUUAUUACUGUAAUAAACAAAGCCUACGUAGAGCCCCAUAACGGCGAGUACCCAUCGAUGUUCGAUCUAUUUUUAGAGGGAUUUUGGGAAGGAGAGAGUACAAGGGUAUUACUGGAACAUUUAUUAGUUGUAGCCGUGGAUCAGACGGCGUACGAACGUUGUAAGUUCCGGCGACUUCAUUGUUACCGGCUGGUCACCGGCGGCGUCGAUUUCGCCGGAGAGAAGAUUUACAUGUCGGAGGAGUUUAUAAAGAUGAUGUGGAGAAGGACACGGUUUUUGAUGGAAGUGCUUAAACUAGGUUAUAAUUUCAUAUUCACGGACACAGAUGUACUGUGGCUAAGAAAUCCAUUUUUGAUAUUAAACAAGAGCAAAAAUUUGGAUUUGCAAAUGAGUACUGAUUUGUUCAAUGGAGACCCUUUCUCCAACUCAAAUUCCAUCAACACAGGCUUUUACUAUGUGAGAUCCAACAGAAAAACCAUCAUAUUAUUGGAAAUAUGGUACGCAAUGAGGAGGAACUCGAAGGGCAUGAAAGAGCAAGACGUGUUAGCCAAAUUGUUACGUGAAGGGGUGAAUAAGGAACUCCAUCUUAGAAUGAUCUUCUUGGACACCCUUCGUUUCGGUGGUUUCUGUAGCGAUAAUAAGGAUGUUAAGUUAGUUAUGACCGUUCACGCCAAUUGCUGCCGGAGCAUAGAAGCUAAAGUGGGUGAUUUGAAGAAUGUGCUAAUGGAUUGGAAGAGUUUCAAGGAGGGUGAUGUUGCUGCUGGUGAAAAUACCUUCAAAUGGUCUAAGCAUAUUUCUUGUAAAAAUUCAUGGCAUGUAAUAAAUUCCACUUUGAGCUAACAGCGGAUUAUUUAGAAUAGAAAUACAUAAAGAUGAACAAGUAGAGUAUACUAAGACGUUUACAGAGUUAUGUUCGAGGAAUUCCGCAAAAAUAAAAUCUAAUUUCAAGAGAA